GAAAAUCUAAAAUGCAGGAAUCUGCCGUAGACGACGAAGACGUCUGCAGAAUCUGUCGUUGUAGCUCAGAAGAUGAUAGGACCCUCUAUCAUCCCUGCAGAUGCUCGGGUAGUUUGAAGUUCGUACAUCAAGAUUGUCUGAGGGAGUGGCUAAACGUUACGAAGAAGCAACAUUGUGAGAUUUGCAAACAUCCAUUUGGAUUUACAAAAGUUUACUCACCUAGCAUGCCAAUCGAAAUCCCGAGAUUCUUGUUCUUCAAGCGAGCUCUUAUUUGCGUUGGAAAAUGGUUCACACAGGCUUUACAUUUCCUACUAGUCGCGUUUGUGUGGCUCGGAAUGCUUCCUUAUGUUACCAUAUGGUGUUGGCGGUGGUAUUUCUAUUUUGGAAAUACGAUAAUCUCAACUAUAAAGCUAGCCCAAAGAGAGGUAAAUGUUACAUUAGAGAACACUCAACAAUCACCUACAAAUUCAACGAGCUUACCGUCAACUGGCGAAAACACCAGCGAGCAAAGUCUGCUGAAGUCAAUUCUCUGGACAAUUAUAAACGACAUCUUCCAGGGUCAAACAAUCACUUGCUCAUUAGUCGUCAUCUUUGUUGUCAUUUUCUUAUUAAGGGAGUGGGUCAUACAACAAGGUCCAAUAAACGAUCCAACACGCCAGAUUGACAACUCAAGACCGCCACCACCGCUUAGACAACUACUUGACGAGCAGCAAACUCAACUACCAACACCUCAGAACCUUGAAGUACCCCUAAACGAGCGUUUAAAACGCAAAAAGAAAGCUAGACAACUUCUUAAUCCAUUACAAAUACCAAACUCAGCAGCAGCAUUCAAUAUCAGUGACAAUUCAUCACAAACAUCUGAAACCACAACUUCAUCAGUGCAAAUAAAGCAGCGUAGAAUAAGUGAUAUUAUUAAAGAGGAUCAUCUUGCUAAUGAUGUGAAUGUCGCUGCUAAUUUGCCUUUACCUGAAUCACCAGCGGUAGCCGUUGGUUCAACCUCUGCGAUUGAACUUCCUAGCGCUGUUAGUCGAGCAUCUAGCUUGCGUUCUAACACAGCUGCUAAUCGCACAAAUGCUUGGGUCACGAACUCAGACAAUAAGGACUAUUUGUCACCUAAUACUGCAUUCAAUUCAUCAGCAAUUGACGAUGACAUCGAUGAAGGCAAUUGGGAUGAUAAAUUGUCUACAAUAACUAAUGUACCUUCAACUUCAGCUAUGACAUUUGACAGUAGCGAUAAUAAUCAGGAGGACUUUAAUCAUAGAGAGCUCGACCAUUACUUCAAUCCUGAUGAGACUGAUGAACAUCAAAACAUUGAGGAUGACAGGCGGAGCGAGCAAACCCAGAUUGCAGAAGACGAUAAUGCAAAUGAGGAAGGAGAGGCAGGCGAAAUUGAUGGUGGUAUAAUGGACGACGAGCUAGAUGGAUUGUUUGAAGCUGUGGGAUUACGCGGACCAGUCGCUAAUUUAUUCCAAAAUUCUGCACUUAUGGUCGUACUCUUCUUUGUCGGUAUUGGAUGUUUCAUCUUCCUGCCGUACACAAUUGGAAAGAUAUUCGCUCAGUUACGUCCUAUUGAUAUUCCACUGUUGCCAAUUCAAAUUACACGCUGGUUCACUGAUCCAAUCUUUGAUUUUGUUGCCCUCAUUUUCUCCAAGUUAUUCUUCCCAUCGUCUAGGACUAUUGGUAUCCACGAGUUAACGAAGUUGCCUAUGCACAUUCGCGCUCAAAACGCCAUAGCCCAGUCGUUCGCUAAUGCUGAAAACUGGGCGGCUAGUCAAGAGUCACAAAGUUGGGCGUCCAUUAAAGGUCCAUUUUUGAAGUUACUUAAAGGAUUGCUAUCAUUUUUGCAUGCGUUAUUUGCAACAACGUCGCAAAAAGAGUCUAUCGAAGACAAAAGCAACUUCAUUGAGAAGUCUUACAACGUAUUGUCUAAAGUACCUAUCUUGCGCAACCAUUUGGAUAGCUUGAAUGUCGCUUCUGGAAUAUAUACCGGAUUCGUUGAGUGGGUCAAACGCAAAUCUUGGUCUUUAGCUCUCAAUGAUGGUACAUCUGAGCGUGUCGUUUCAAUCUUACUUGGUUAUACAGUCAUCACAACUGUUGCUGCAAUUUACCUCAACACCCAAAGUAAUGUGUUGCAAGUAGCUCAUGUUGUCAAAGACGCCAUGGCACAGCAAGUUAUACUAGCGAAGAUUGCAGUUUUAUUUGCAAGUGAAUUAGUUCUCUUUCCAUUAGCUUGUGGAAUAUUGCUUGAAUUUUGUUCUUUACCACUCUAUCAAGAGAUAAACAUUCAAGCAAGGAUAGAUUAUACGCUUAAUUCACCUGUUACAAGCCUAUUCACUAAGUGGUUAUGCGGUACACUAUUGCUUUUCUUGGUAUCUGUUCUUAUCACAGGUAUCAGGAAGCUUCUCAGGCCGGGUGUCCUUUGGUUCAUUCGCGAUCCAAAUGAUCCAAAUUUUGCACCAAUGAGAGAUGUCCUCGAGCGUAGUGCAUGGACGCAUGUUCGCAAGUUGGCGUUCUCAGCAUUCUUAUACUCGACAUUUAUUCUGUCUACUUUUGGUGUUGGAUUCUGCAUGCUGCGAUUUGGAUUCAAUGGUAUAUUACCGUUCAGAUGGAAAGCGCAAGAACCUAUAAGUGUAGUACCAGUAGACCUUCUCUUCCUUCAAUUUGUCAUGCCAUUCACGAUACGUAAAUUAGGGCCAAAGGAUUUAGCUAAAUCAUUCUACGCCAAAUGGUGGAAAUGGGCUUCUUCACAAUUAGGUUUGAGUUCUUUUAUGUUUGGAGGUAGAUAUGAACGCGAGGAAACUAGGUAUAGAGUAUACAAUUGGAAAACGAUGUUUGGCUUUAAGCAAAGGAAACGUGAUAUGAGAUUUGGUAAUUGGAUGAGAGUCCCAGCAACGGAUAAUGUGUCAUUCGAUAGAAGAAGACCAUGUCCAAUGUUGGUACCAGUUGAUGAUAACGGGUAUCCAAUAGAUACACGUGGUGAAAAGGCUGUUGCCAAUCAAUUGCGGGAGGCUUCAUUUAACGCGCGUGAUCCAGCAAAAGAUUGGUGUGUGGUCUAUGCUCCACCAAAUUUCAAGCGUCGUUUACUUUGGUUCAUUGCUUACUUAUGGGCUACUACUGUAAUAGCAGCGAUUGGAAUUGUAGUACCAUCAAUCACAAUAGGUAGACUGAUAAUGGAUAAUUGGGCAGGUCGUGAAAUGCACGAUUUGUACUGCCUUAUCAUUGGUUUAUAUGCUGUAUUGGUACCGCCAAUUAUGUACAAAAAGUACGUUAAGAACAUCACAUACAAUCAGGUAGUACGCUUGAUGAAAUCACUUUAUUUCAUAUCAGCGUUAGGUUUCAUUUUCCCAACAUUCUUGGGUAUAACUUUGGAAUUAUCAAUAAUUAUUCCAAAUAAAUACAUAAUUAAUAAUCUACAAUUUCCACCAAGAUUGAACAUUCCUCAAGCUUGGUGUUUAGGUUUACUCAGUAGUAGAUUUUUCUUAUAUUUUGCAAAAUCUAGAGAUAUAAAUGAACCAAUUAACCUGAUUCAUAAGCUUCAAACUGAUGGAUUUGAUAGCAUAACAGUUCGUCAAUUUAAUAGCCGCAUACUUAAACCAAUCAGUCAAGUAUUUUUAAUAGUCUACAUCGUUCCUACUGUUGUUGCAAAUUACUCAUCGAAAUUAAUUAGUGAAAGUAUCAUCAACAGUGCUUACAUACAUAUCUUCGCAUUCCCGCUUACAAUUGCAUUUUUAUCAUCCUUUAUCUUAAGAGACAAAAUAAUAUCUGUCGUGAAGAGACUAGACGUAAUCGUCAGAGACGAGGAGUUCCUUUUAGAGAGACAACUACAGAACGCAGAGUAAUUUUACCGAGCAGUAUAACAAACGAAAACAUAUAGCAAGAGUAUUCUUUUCUCCGAUAUCAAAACAAAUUAAUAUAAUGGAUGCAUUUGAAAUUUAAGUUAUAAAUUAGAUCUGUAGCCAGAAUUCUCUAGCGUCCACAGCUU